UUGAUUGACUUAUAUAUGUGCUAUUUUUUUCAAGCAGAAACUUCCUUUUUCCAUAUUGAUUCUUCACAUGACCUUGGAGUAAUUUUCCAUGUGCAUGGAUUUAGACCUUCGAUUUUGAAAUUCCCACGUGCAGAAACAUUUAGUGGAAUUGCCAAGUUUAGUGGAACAAAGUUCUCUCUAUCUGAAAUGAUUGCCUUUGAUCCUGAUUUAUGUGAUGGUCCUAUAAAUGUUACUGUGGAAAAGGUGAUGGAUGCAUUUUCUAGGGCUCGUGAAAUAUGCAUUUUUGUUCCAUAUUUGUUAUAUAAUUGUACUGGUUUUCCAUUAAUUAUUUCUGACUCUGCUAAUGAUAUGAAAGGGCAUGGAUGUGUCAUUCCUUACUGUUAUGAUUUGGUAGAGAAGGACUGUCUUCUAGGCAGGAAAGAUGGUCUGGGUCUUCUAUCUUCCUCUUUUGUGCAUACCAUGCAAAUGUUACCUUAUUUGAAUUAUUUUGAUGUUGUUGACUUGCUACUUUUCAUCCAUCCGGCUAUUUAAUGAGCUAUGCUAGUCCACAUCACAUAAUAAUUCCAAAACACAUAUUCUGGGCAUACUAAGCAGUAAGCACGAUCCUUUUUUAUAAGAAAUGUCAUAGUCACUAGAUAUAAAGAUCUGUUAUA